GCUACACAGAAAAGGCAGCGAGCAACGAAGCUCGAUACGAUGGCGGCAGCAGGGUCGAGCUCUGGAGCGGGCGGCAGUGGAGGAGGUACAUUUGCCGACGUUGACAGGGCGAUGUUCGACGGUCUCGACGGCGCGCUGGGCGGCAUUGAGGAUGGGCUGGGUAUGUUUGACGGCGUCUCGGGCGAGUUUGUGGCGGCGGUGAGCGCGGCCAAGCGGGCUUAUGCCAAGGCGCUGCGCAAAGCGGUUGUCAGCGCAUCGCCCACGAGGCUGCACAAGCGGUAUCCUGAGGACGCACCGGCGACGUGCGGGGUGACGGCGCUGAUGACGGUGGUGACCAAGCAGGCGCGCCAGGCCGAGCUCGAGGCUGAUGGACUCGAGGCCGCGAGCAAGAGCACCGAGUCUAUUCGUACUCGGCUGGCAGAAAAGAUCCAGUUAGCGGCGGGCGAGAUGGAGGCGCUGCGGCGCAAGCUCGAGAGCUUGUGGAACGAUGUUGUCACCGUCCGGAAGGCGUACCUGGCCAAGGGCGAGGAUCUAGCCGAGAUCAAGGAAACGCUGUUCAAGGGACACAUGACCAUGAAAGACAAGGCCAAGCGCAAGACGCAGGAGAAAAAGGCCGAGGCCGAGGCAAUCAAGGAUCGCGCCCGACACUCGUACGACUCGGCCAUCGCCACCUUUAACGACCGUGUCGUGGCCAUCUGGCGAGAGGAGCGACAUCAGCUUGCGUCUCAGUGCGAGAUGGUGGCGGCGCAGCUCUCGCGCGGGUACUCGGCCUUUCUCGCCAAAGCGCACGCAGCGCUGCUUCCGCCGGAAGCGCUGCGGAAGCACGUGAGCAUGGCUAACCGGUUUGCUGACACCAUUGCGAUGGUGACUCCUCCGCUUGAGCUGCGCCAUGUCUUUGCCGGCGCGCGGCGCGAAGGCCCGCUUCCACAGCCGAUUCCGCCGAUGUAUGACGCCAAAGACCGGAAGCACAGUUACGCAGCGCGGCGCCGCGGCUUUGCUGACGCCUUUGUAGCCGCGUACGGCACGCCUUUUGAGGCCGAAAAGGCGGCCCGCCGGGCGGCACGGGCGGAACGCGCCGCAGCGCGCGCUGCUGGCGCCGCCAUCCCAAUCCAGCCUGCUGCGGCAGCCCUGCCCGACGAGAAUGAUCUGCUUGGCGUCACCGUCUUCCGCUCACCGUUUGGCAACUACGCUGCAUAUGGUUUGAGUGCAGAUGCGGUCAUGCCGCCGGACGCCACGUCGGCCGCCACCGUAGCACGCCUCUAUCUCGACACGUCUGACGUGAUCGAGCUGACGGCGUCGGCAGCUUAUGACAACCCGCUGCUCUCGUCAUCUGCGUCAGCGGCAUCCGCGUCAGACUCGGGCACAUUCCCCGCCGACCCCGACGACGAUGCGUUCUUUGCAGAGAUCCUAGUUGCCGGCAUGUCGUCGUCAUCGGCGACAUCAGUGCCGGGACUCGCGUCUGCGCUGGCGAGCGUGGCCGCAAGCCCCGGCCCGCUCCCGCGGCGGGUCUCGGAUCCGCCAGCCUCGCCGUCGUCUGUGGCACCACCGUCCGUCCAGGCCGUCUCUGUGCCACGCCUCCCGCCGUCACCAGGCAAGCCACGGCGCCCGUUGUCAAUGAUGAUGCCGUCGACGACAGCGCCCAUCGGAAGUCCUGCGGCUGCAGGUGGGCCGCCCCUCCCGCCCCCUCCCAAGCGGCGGCGGCCUCCGCGCCGUCCGCAAUCGAUGACCGUCACCAGCAUUCCUGGUGUCCCGUAGCGUUGCCCCACCCCAAUUCCCCUCCUCCGCUCCAACACGAGC